AUGUCUCAGUACGGCACAUCAUCCGCAAACAGAUGGACAGUCAGAAAGGACUAUUCAGAUGUUAGAAGAUAUGCUGAAAGCAUGUCUGAGACUACUGAGAACAUUAAGAAGAUUCGUGCAAGGAUGCUAACUGCUCAGAGUCGACAGAAGAGUUAUGCGGACCAGAGAAGGAAACCGUUAGAGUUUGAAGUAGGAGAACAUAUAUUUCUAAGGGUUACAUCAACAACUGGAAUUGGAAGAGCGAUUAAGACUAAGAAGUUGAAUCCCAGGCUGGUGGCGUAUCAAGUAGAUUUUCCGCCCCAUCUGUCUAACUUGCAUGACGUAUUCCACGUGUCACAACUUCGUAAGUACACGCCGGAUGUGGCUCAUGUGUUAGAGCCUGAGUCGGUUGAGUUGAGGGAGAACUUGACAUUCCAAGUGGUACCAGUGGGAAUCAACGACACUAGUGUGAAGAAGCUACGAGGAAAAGAAGUGUCAUUGGUUAAAGUUGCUUGGGAGCGAGCAGGAGUUGAAGAGCAUACUUGGGCAUUGGAGUCUGAGAUGCGAAAGGAUUAUCCCGAGCUAUUCUCAGUUGGGAAAAAAAGGUUAAUGAGGUUUGAUUAUAAUGUGAUAUAUUGA